UAACUGUUUGAACUCAGCCUUUUUGGCUUGUACUCAUUUGCUCCGACUUUAUGAAUCCUUUGGGAAAUUCACGAGACUAUAUAUAAAAGCGGCUGUAAGGGUCUAGAGUUUGUUGACAAAGUGUACUACUUCACCACCUGGAGUCUGUCGUUCGUUUCCUCAUCAAAGCCGCUUAGGAUUCAAACCCUAUCAUCAUCUUUGUUUCUCUCUCUCUCGAGAUCGAUCCAUUGAUCUUUUUAGAGGCCUAUUAGGAUUCUAACCCAUAUUCAAAGAAUUGGUUCAAUUAGGAUCUGCGUUGCCAAUUUUUGCCCUUUUAGUUGGGUUUUGCAACAAAUUCCAGCUUUUUUAAAUCACUUGUUUCUUCUUUAGAUUUGGGCCAAAUAUUCUCUCGAUCUCGUGUUUUUAUUCUUUUCUAAUCUCUUGUUUUGUCUUUUGAUUGGGGCGAUAACAUAUUCUCUCGAACCCUAUUUGUUGGAAUUGGUAACUGGGUCGAUGGCUACGCCCAGUAACGGUGGAAUAUCAGACGAGGCUACAGAACAUUUCGAAGUGACAUAUUCGUCGGAAUUCGUAAAUGGGUCGAUGGCUGCGUCCAGUAGCGGUGGAAUAUCGGACGAGGCUACCGAACAUUACGACGUGACCUAUUUGUCGGAAUUGGUAAAUGGGUCCAUGGCUGCGCCCAGUAACGGUGGAAUAUCGGACGAGGCAACCGAACAAUCCGACGUGACCGAUUUGUCGGAAUUGGUUAAUGGGUCAAUGGCUGCGCCCAGUAACGGUGGAAUAUCGGACGAGGCUAUCGAACAUUUGGACGUGACCUAUUUGUCGGAAUUGGUAAAUGGGUCAAUGGCUGCGCCCAGUAAUGGUGGAAUAUCAGACGAGGCUAUCGAACAUUUCGACGUGACCUAUUCGUCGGAAUUGGUAACUGGGUCGAUGGCUGCGCCGGGUGCGCCCAGUAACAAUGGAAUAUCGGAUGAGGCUAUUGAAGAUUUCGACGAGACCAUCUUCUUCAAUUUCCCUCCAUCGCCCUUGCAUAUCCGUGCAUUGUCACCACCACGGCCUGUUCUACCCCGUACAUUGUCACCACCACGGCCUGUUCUACCCUCGUCCAAUUCAAUGGUUAGCCAACCAAUGGAAAUUCCGCCACAAAUAGAACAGCAGGAGGACAUCCUUGGCCCGUACGGUUUUUUCCAGCUGCUGAAACAGCAGCCUCAGUGGAUGAACUUGCUGCUAGCGCCGAUGCUGCUGCGGUUGCCACUGAUGCAUCUGCAGGGGCUGCUGCAGCUGCUGGCACCGAUGCUGCUGCGGUUGCCACUGAUGCAUCUGCAGGGCUGCUGCAGGAGCUACACCAACCGCUGGUGUUUAGCUUACUGGAACUGUAGCUGCUGCAGGUCCUGGAGCUGCAUGGGCUAACGCAGGUGAAGAAGCAGCAGAAGUGGAUAUUGUCGCUGCCGAGCCACAUGCAGGAGCCGCUGCUGCAGCAGUGGGUGCUCUCGUUGUCGGAUCUGACACGGGGGACGCUGCAGCAGAUCCUGCUGUCUUUGAGUGAGGCCACGGUAGAUGAUGAAGUUGGAAUUGGGGAUGUGGGAACAGGGGGAGGUGAAAGGGAAAAGGGUGAAAAGGAAAAUGUUCAAUUGAGUUCUGGGUGGUUGGGAAAAAGGAAAAAGACGGCAAAAACUCCAGAAGGAGAAAGAGGCAGCAAGAAAACUACUGGAGUUAGCCGAUCCACACAACUGAAUCCUGAUACUGUGCCUUCUGAUCAAGCCUUAGCGGCUACUAUUGACAUCAAUAGUGCUGUUGUAAAGGAAAUUGUGCCACCGUUGUUUUUGCCGACAGCUCGACAAGAGAACCUAGAUGAGGAUUUUGGCAAUGGAGUUGAGGCAGUUGGAAUGGGGAGUGAG